AUGAAUGAACUAGCCGAUCACCAGAGCAAAUAUCAUCCGUUGACCGUUGUUCUGGAAGCGUGCAAGUACUGCCACAAAGAGUUUGCCGGAGUUAAGGCAAUGGAAAAACACAUGGAACGAGCUCACCAACGGGAGUUACAUCUAUACAAAUACAAAUGCGUUCACUGCGAUGCAAUUUUCAAACAUCCACAAAAGCUGUUCGCUCAUUUCAGCUCUACUCACAAAGAUAUAGAGCCGUACACAUGCAAAAUAUGCGACAAAAAAUUCAAAUUGAGGAAACGGUUUACGAUUCAUAUAAAAUUGGACCACAAAAGCAUAGGAUAUAUUGAGUUUGACGAGAAUUAUCAUGUGUUCUUUAGCGAUAAGAAAUCUGAGAAACCGUUUCGGCCAAUCGCUGAGUCUUUAACACAAAAUGACGACUCAGUGGCGUCAGAAGCGUCUCAAGACGCGAUUUGUGAAGCUCAAAAUGAAGUUGAAAAGGAAGAGACAGCUGAAGUUCCUUCGAACGCUGUCGAAGAAGCAAAUGAAAAUAUAAAUUUGAACAAAGAUUUCAUGAGUGCAACGGAAACUGAGGGCAAUCAGACAGAAGUUGAGCAGUCGGAAGAAAAAACACAAACUAGGAAGCGAAAACGGAGAACUAAUCUCAAAAACGAAAAAGCAGAGUCUUCCGAUGAUGAACCAUUGCUUGAAGUAAAAAAGCGAGUGAUAAAGUUGCGUAAAUCGAAGCUAACCCAUGCCACGUGGAACAGAAAAAAGCAGACCGAAUUGAAAGUAAAUAAAAAACGAUUCAUCUGUAACAUUUGCAAGAAGUAUUGCUACACUUUCCAAAAUUACCACAACCAUGUUGGCACUCAUUACAAAAAUGUCACACUGAAAUGUGUGAAGUGCUCUAAAACGUUUGAUAGCAAAGAGGAAUUAAACAAACACUGCUCCGAAGAACAUUCAACGUCUCAACUGACAGAAACGCUGAAGAGUUUACUCGAAAAACGCAAAAAGGGCCAAAAUCCUGAAGGAACGACUGCUGAAAAAUUUCAGCGCACAAUCAAGAAUGUAGACUUCCCAACAGACACUGUCAGUGUCACUCUAAAACCUGUGAAUCAGAACCAGUCGGUUAAGAACUUCCUCGAGAGUUUUACCCCGGAAGACGCCCCAAAGAAUACUCCUUCCAUCGAAGUAGUCACAAGCAUUACAAUGAAGCCAUACGUAGGAGAACGUAGAGAACCCCUGAUCAAAAUGACCAAGUGCAACAUAACCCCAAUGGAUUAUACAGAGAAGAAGCUCAGCAUGCCCGUGCAAUUCCGCCAAGUGUUCAGAGAAACUCACAAGGUGACUAUCAAGCAAGUCUUCCCAGAUCCGACUCCCGAACCAAGUCAAGAUUACCCCGAAACUUACGAUUACGAAAGCGAUGACAAAAAUGAGUCAAUACCAGAAGUCGCACAAGAAGUAAUGCUAGAAGUAUCAGAGGAGGCUCCUCCAAAAACGCUGUAUAUACCUCACAAAAUCGUCCUACCGAAUCUACCGAAAGAGUUCAACAAAGUCCGCAUAGCUCAUUUGCAACCAGAAGCACCGUAUUACAAAAUUGUCAAAGUAGAAGACGUGUUGAAUCCCCAAAAGAAGACGAAACAGCCCAAACCCAUACCGAAACCAGAUAUAAAACUGCCCGAUGGUACUAAACUUGUAACGGUCAAUCCUCUGGCACACUUGUUACGUGGUACACCGGUGGAGAAAAUUCUGGAAAAUAAUAAAAGCAAAUACUACCAACCGAAGCCGAAAGACGUAGAAAUGGCUAUAGCCAAAGCCAUGCUGAAGCUCGAGAAUCCAAAUGCGUUCUCUAAAAAACGUAAAAAGAAAUGCGAUGUUGAGAAAUAA